CUAUCAUUUAAACUAACGUAGAAGAAAUAUCUAUACAACUGUACUUACCAUUGAAAACUAUGACAACCGACAUUCAUUUAAGAAACAGAGAUAUAGAUGUAGCUCAAGACCAACAAGUCAUAUUCACAGAAGGAAUGACUGUCUAUGAUGGAACGGAAUACAUUUAUUCUGAUGAAACAAUCAGAAAACCCUCAAUUUCUAACAGUAAAAAAGAGUUGCUAAGGGCCAUUUUUGUGGAAUUCCUUGGUACAUUGUUUUAUGUCUUUAUUUCAACAAAUCCCACAUAUCUACUGGCUCCAGGUUUCGUAUUAACAUCACUGAUGGUAGCUUUUGGGAAAAUAAGCGGAGGUCAUUUCAAUCCAGCAAUUACUCUUGAUGUAAGCAUAAGUAGUGGUUUCUCUAAAACGACAAUUUUCUAUUCUAUUGCUCAAAUAAUUGGAGGGAUAGCGGGAGCAGGUUUAACAAAGAAAUUCUAG